AUGCUCAGCUCAGGCGUCAUGGCCCUACCUUUCGAUGUGCUCAUCUCCGUCCGUCCGUCCGUGCUCGCCCCACCCUGCGCCACUCACUCCACGCAUGACCCCUCGUCAUUCCGAAUCCUUCAACCCCCCUCACCGCGUCGCAUCCCCGUCAUGGCGUCGCAACCCCCUCUUCCCGCGCCUCACGCUGAGCCUCGCGGCGCCCAGCGCCAGAAGAAGUCGUGGCAGACCGCCUUCGCCCCUCCGCCAUCCUCCCCCCUGCACCACUGCGCCAUGGGGUAUGCCGCCACCGCAGGCGUCGUGGGGGGCGGAAGGCCAGGGGCAGCGCGGUACGUGGUGACAGUAGCGGAUGAUGCUAUAGAGGGUGCGCCUGAGGGGAGUCUCAGGUGGGCAGUGGCGAACCUUGGCGGAGAACCCGGGGGAGGGCCCGGCGAGCGGCAGGGGCUGUACGUGACGUUCAACCGGUCGAUGACGAUUCGGCUCAAGUCGCGCCUGUUCCUGGCGUCGCACACCACAAUUGACGGGCGGGGCGUGCGUGUGAGGCUGCUGGGCAACGGCUUGGUGCUGCAGAACGUGACCAACGUCAUCAUCCACAAUAUCGAACUUGGGAACCAGCCCGGGGAUCAUGACGUGCUCCCUAUUCGCAGCAGCCAGGUGGUGUGGAUCGAUCACUGCCACGUCUACAACGGCCACCGCGGCACUGAGCCGCCGCCGCACAUCCGCGCGAAGCCAAACCCCGCCGACAUGCUGGACUGGCACUUCGUGCUGGAGGGCAGCCCCGGCACGCCGUACGAGGGCGGGUGGUACCACGGACGGCUCAGAUUCCCCGCGGACUACCCCUUUAAACCGCCGAGCAUCAUGAUGCUUACCCCUAACGGACGAUUCGCCACCAGCACUCGCAUAUGCAUGAGCAUGAGCGAUUUCCACCCCGAGACGUGGAACCCCAUGUGGUCCGUCGCCAGCAUUCUGACCGGCCUUCUCUCCUUCAUGUCGGACGAUGCAGUGACGGCGGGCAGCAUAGUGGCGUCAGAAGCAGACAGGCGCAAGCUAGCGCGCCUCUCCAUGCCCAACAACUGCCGCAGCCCCGUGUUCCGCAAGCUCUUCCCGGACCUGGUUGACAGCUACACGGCAUCGCUGGCAUCGGCAGCAGAGGCAGCAGAGGGGGCAGAUUCCGCCAGCAGAGCACAAGGGGAUGGCGCAGAGGGGAGGGGGAAGGGUGCAGGGAAGGGCAGGCGGGUGGUGGAAGCUGCUGCUGCAGUGGUGGGGAGUCGGGAAGGGAAGGGCAGUGAAGGGGGGAGGGAGCUGAGGGUAGGAGGUCAGGGAGGGGCAGAGAGAAAAGAGGGGGGCGUGCGGAGGGUGGUUAGAACAGGAGGGAAGACGGGUGUUGCUGGUGCGUUUGGUGCAGGGAAGACAGCAGAGGCAGGUGCAGCAGGGUCAGGCAGUGCGAGUGGGAAGCAGCAGCCGGGCCUGUCAAGCUUGUCGUUUUGGGUCACUGCUGCCGUUGUGCUGCUGUGUGGGUGUGUCAUGGCGGUGCCGUUCCUUGAUUCCUUGUCCUCCUCUCUGCUUCGGUUAUCUUGA